AUGGGACACAAUAAUGGCACUGAAGUGACUGAAUUCAUUCUGCUGGGAUUUGCGGGUCAACACAAGUUUUGGCACAUCCUCUUCAUGGUAUUUCUGGUGACCUAUGCAGCCACCUUACUAGGCAAUGUGGGGAUGAUCCUCCUCAUCAAGAGCCACUCCUCCCUUCACACCCCUAUGUACUUUCUCCUCCAACACUUGGCUUUUGUGGACCUCUGCUAUGCCUCUGCUAUCACUCCCAAGAUGCUGCAGAAUUUCCUGUGCAACAAACAAUCCAUCUCCUUCACAGGAUGUCUGGUGCAAUUGCUGGUCUAUGGUACUUUUGUAACCAGUGACUGCUACAUCCUGGCUGCGAUGGCAGUGGACCGAUACGUGGCCAUCUGUAACCCACUGCACUACCCAACUGUCAUGUCUCGGAGACGCUGCAUUCAGCUGCUGCUGGGUUCAUAUUUCAUGGGUUUCCUGAAUGCCUCUGUAAACACAGGUUUUACUUUCUCAUUGAACUUUUGCAAAUCCAAUGCAAUUAACCACUUCUUCUGUGAUGUACCCCCAAUCCUUGCCCUGUCAUGCUCCAGUAUCCACGUCAACAUCAUGGUACUGACUGUCUUUGUGAGGUUUAACUUGACAUUCACUGUGCUGGUUGUCAUCUUUUCCUACACAUGCAUCCUGGAUGCCAUCCUGAGGAUAUCUUCUGCUGCAGACAGGAAAAAAGCCUUCUCUACAUGUGCCUCCCACCUAAUAGCAGUCACUAUUUUCUAUGGGACUCUCUUGUAUAUGUAUGUACACCAUGGGACCAAUAGAUCUCAAGAGCAAGAAAAAGUGGCAUCUGUGUUUUAUGGUAUCAUAAUUCCCAU